AUGGAUGACCUCGUGCAAGCUCUAGCACACCGCACCACCCUGCCCAUCACCCUCUCUUCCCUGCCCUCCCUUUCGCCAGCCGACCUUGCCUUCGCCGCUCUCCAACCUGAUCUCCCUCCUCUGGUCCGUCAACGAGCAUACCACGCCUUCACGGAGCGGCGUGCAACCUACCACGCCAACACAGACAGUCAGGCUGCUGACCCCCUCCUCGACCUCCCACUCGACUAUCCCAUCCCCGCCGCCCUCUCUUCCCUCUCCCUCCCUCACCUCCUACUGCUCCCAUACAACCCCUCCUGCGACUCCUCUCUCCUCACCCACGCCCACCAACUCCUUCUCUCCCUCCUCGCUCGCGAAGCAAAGAAGCGGGAACUGAAGGUCUUGAGGAUGUGCGUUAGGUGGGAGGGAGGGGAGAGGAGGGAGGAGGGGCUGAGGAUGAGGAUUGAGGAGGGGGGAUUGAGGGUUGUGCGUGACGGCGAAGGGGGAGAGGCGGAGGAGGAGGGGUUUACGUUUGAGGCGGGCGAGAUGCGCGAGGUUCUCUACAUCGCCGGCGCCGACGACGGCCACACCUCCAUGGACUGCACCCUCUCCCUCUCGCUCUCCUCCCUCGCCCUCUCGCCCCUCGUCUCCAUCAAGGAGUGUAUCGUGCGACUCGAGCUGGGCAUGCUAGAGGCAGGGGACGAGGCGUUCGUGAAGCUGAGGGAGAAGGUGGGUCAGUGGGCGGCGGAGGGGGCGUUUGAAGUGAGGGUGGUUCGCGCUGACCUGGCGAAGAACGGCUUCGCGAGUCCACCCGCGUCGCCUCCCAAGAACCGCUGCGCCAAACUUGCUCCUCCCCCUCCUCCCCCGCCUCCGCCGGCCAACUUCGAACCUCAGCGUCAACCAAUUGCCCGCAAGCAGACUCGCCAGCUCGAAACUGCGCCGCUCGGAACUCGGCCUCCUCCUCCCGCGGGGCUCGAAGCCGAAAUCUGGCAGUACGUGAGCGACCGUCCCGCACCCGUCGAAUGGCAGCCCGGCUUCUACGCCCGCGCAUUCGCCUUCCUCUCCUCCCUCGUCCCGUACGACACCCUCUCCGCGCCCGUCUUCACACCCGCCGAGGUCGCGCUGCUUUCGUUCGCGCCUAUUCCGGACGCACUGCCGGACUUGCACGGCAAGAGGAUGCGAGGGUCGACGAGCGCGAGGUUUGAGAAUACGGAGAGAUUGGCGCUGGAGUACCUGUACAAGAGCGGGCCACCGAUCACCCUCGACGCGACUCGCCUCAUCCUCCUCACCCCCUCCUACCCCUCUCUCCACCACUACGUCCGCACCUUAAGCAAGAUCGUCGCAGCGCGCGACGCGCUCGUCAUCGCCUGCAACCAAGUCCUCGAGAGACGUUUGUACCUGCGUCGUGGAGAUCCGACGGUCGUGAAUCCGAUUGAGGAGUUGAUUUCGGUGGUGGAGAGGAUUAGGGAUAACGUCGCUUAG